GGAACUGCCCCGCUCCCCCGGACCCGGGAGACAAGAGGGGCCUCUGGAAAACCCACCCACUCGCCCAGCCCAGGAAGUGACGCCGGGCCGGUCCCCCCCCCGGCACACACCUGACUCACCUGACUCACCUGGGCGGGCGGACGGCGGGGAAGGAGGGAGGGAGCGGCGGCGGCUGCGCUCGCUCCGCGGAGCCGGGCGGUGUCCGGGCACAGCGGCAGCGAUGGCCAAGGACAGCGGCUCCCCGUGGGCCAUGGGACUGCUGAAAACCUUCGAGGAGAGCGAGUUCGGCAGCUGGGAGAAGAUCGGCUCGGGGGGGUUCGGGCAGGUGUACAAGGUGCGGCACCUCCACUGGAAGACCUGGCUCGCCAUCAAGUGUUCGCCCAGCCUCCAUGUGGAUGAGAAGGAGCGCAUGGAGUUACUGGAAGAAGCCAGGAAGAUGGAAAUGGCAAAGUUUCGCUACAUCCUCCCUGUUUAUGGCAUCUGUAAAGAGCCAGUUGGCUUGGUCAUGGAAUACAUGGAAACGGGGUCUCUGGAAAAGCUCCUGGCUUCUGAACCUCUGCCCUGGGAACUGCGCUUCCGCAUCAUCCACGAGACAGCCGUGGGGAUGAACUUCCUGCACUGCAUGUCCCCUCCACUGCUCCACCUGGACCUCAAGCCUGCAAACAUCCUGCUUGAUGCCCACUACCAUGUCAAGAUUUCUGACUUUGGACUUGCAAAGUGCAAUGGCUUGUCCCAUUCCCAUGACAUCAGCAUGGAUGGCUUGUGUGGCACAAUUGCCUACCUUCCUCCAGAGCGCAUCAAAGAGAAAAACAGGUGUUUUGACACCAAACAUGAUGUGUACAGCUUUUCCAUUGUGGUUUGGGGAGUUCUCACACAAAAGAAGCCUUUUGCAGAGGAAAACAACAUUUUACAUAUUAUGGUAAAAGUAGUUAAAGGCCACCGCCCAGAGCUACCUGCUGUUUCCAAAUCCAGACCUCAUUCAUGUAAUAACUUGAUCAAACUGAUGCAAAAAUGUUGGCAAGAUGAUCCUGGUGAACGGCCAACAUUUCAAGAAAUCACUUCACAAACAGAGGCCCUCUGUGAAAAACCAGAAGAUGAAACAAAAGAGAUGAUAACUCAGGACCUGGACACCAAGAAUUCCCCGGAGCAGCAGCCUGAGGGGAUUUGUGCACUGUCCCAGAAGAAACAGGAGCCUGCUCUACCAUCAGUUAAGGAUUACAGUCUCUCAGAGUUACUAUCCCAGUUGGAUUCAGGGAUUUCACAGACUAUGGAAGGCCCUGAGGAUCUCAGCCGCAGCUCUUCGGAGUCCAAACUUGCCUCCAGUGACAAGCGGCUUUCAGGAGUUUCAUCUGUAGAUUCAGCUUUUUCAUCCAGAGGCUCCCUUUCCCUUUCCUUUGAAAGGGAGAGUUCAGAUAUUGGUACUACAGACAUACAGAAGAGGAAGCUAACAGAGGCAAUUCUGUCUGGAGAUACCAGCAAGCUGAUGAAGAUCCUCCAGCCUCAAGAUGUUGAUAUUGUUUUAGAUGGGAACUCCAGCCUUUUGCACUUGGCUGUUGAAGCUGGUCAAGAAGAAUGCGUCAAGUGGCUCCUCCUGUACAACGCAAACCCUAACCUCACCAACAAGAAAGGAUCCACCCCUCUUCACAUAGCCAUCGAGAAGAAAGUUAAAAGCAUCGUGGAGCUGAUUAUGGCCAGGAAAAUCAACGUUAAUGCCAAAGAUGAGGACCAGUGGACUGCCCUUCACUUUGCUGCCCAAAACGGGGAUGAUUUCAGCACCAAAAUGCUGCUUGAUAAGAAUGCCUCCCUAAACGAGGUCGACUUUGAAGGCAGAGCCCCCAUCCACAUAGCCUGUCAGUACGGCCAGGAGAACAUCGUGCGGAUCCUGCUGAGGAGAGGCGUCAACGUGAACAUCAAGGGGAAGGACGACUGGGUGCCACUGCACUACGCUGCCUGGCAGGGCCACCUCCCCAUCGUGAAGCUCCUGGCCAAGCAGCGGGGAGCGGACGUGAACGUGCAGACCGUGGACGGGAGGACCUCGCUGCACUUGGCCGCCCAGCGAGGGCACUACCGCGUCGCCCGGCUCCUCAUAGACCUGGAGUCGGAUGUCAACGUCCAGAACGCCCUCCUGCAGACUGCCCUGCACAUAGCUGCUGAAACCGGCCACACCAGCACCUCCAGGCUGCUCCUGAAGCACGGCGCAGACAUGGAGGCAGCCACGGCAGAGGGAUACACGGCUCUGCACUUGGCGUCGCGCAGCGGCCACUUGGCCACAACAAAGCUGCUGAUGGAGGAGAGGGCCAGCGUUCUGGCCAGGGGCCCGUUAGACAGGACAGCGUUACAUCUGGCCGCGGAAAACGGGCACUCUGAGGUAGUGGAAGAACUUGUCAGCGCAGAAAAUAUCAACUUGCCUGACAGCGAAGGGUUCACGGCUCUUCACCUGGCUGCGCGAGGAGGGCACGCGAAAACAGUCGAGGUUCUCCUGAAGCACGGGGCGCACACUGACAUGCCGAGGCCCAAGUGUCACACCCCGCUGCCCCUCGCUCGGCAGAGCAGCAAUAGCUCACUGACUGUGUUGUUGAGUGACACUUAAGCCGAAGGUGCCAGACGUGAUGCUUUUGUUCGUGGUGUGAGGAGGCUGCUGGAGCUCAGCUCCUCAGGGCCUCCUGCAGCUGUGCAGUGACCCCACCAGCGGUGUCAGUGAUGGACUGAGGUGCAGCCAGCAGAAGUUUGAAUGUGUGAUGAGACUGCACGUGGAUGUAAGGCCCCGAGCUGGAGUCUGCCACGCCGUGGUCUGUGUCGUUCAUUCUGCACAUGCCCUGCCCUGGCUGGAUCUGGACAUUCCCCUCCUGAGAAUGUUGUGAGAGAAGGAUGUGACUUGUGGGUUUCCCCUGCUUUUUUUUUUUUUUUUUUUUUUUAAUGUGCCAAACUAAUUUAAGAACUAACAUUAUGCUUUUUUAUUUUCCUCAAAACAAGAACAAAAAAAAAAAAGAUGGCAUAGGUUUCUGGUUUACUGCAGUGAUCCGUAUUUUGGGCUGAACGCCUCCAGUGUAGAAUAAAUAAAACGCCAAUCUGCUUGAAGUUAACGCAAGAGAUGAGGAAAGAGCUAUUUAAGAUAAUCAUGUUUCUGGUCCUUUUUUUAAUGGAGACAUUGAUUACAGAUUUCCACGUACUGCAGACUUAAUAGCAAUGCAGGAUUCCAAAAAUAAUAAGCAGAAGUAAAAGCUUAACACUGGUGUCUUCAUAUACAGUACCACCUUGUGUGUAUUCUAAAAUCAGUAAGCUGAACUAAGUGCUUAGUGGUUUGUCUUAAAUAAACAAGUCAAAAGCUAAAAUUCAUACUGGACUGGAACUGGAUGGUAUAUUCUAACACUGUUGUACCAAUUUACAAAACAACAUUUGGAGGGGCUGAUGACCAGACUGAUAUACUGUGUAUAUAGGAUUUCUACCUGUUGUAUGCUUUUUUCUACUGAAGAAAAUAGAUUGCUUAGAGUGGGUAUGUUUUAAUACACCUUUUAAUUUCACUCUUUUCAAAGUACAAAUGUGAUCUGUUAUUAAUAAAAGAUUGUGUUCUA